AUGUCCGUAAGGUCACGACCACAUUCACCAGUGUCACCGCCCUCUCCUCACGAGGCAGAAUUUGAGCCGUUACAGGCCUUCCUCCUCAAGAACACUACCGUCUACGCCUACCCACGCCAGCGUAGGCGUCCACGCAAUCGGACGGAAGAUGCAGACUCUGUGAAAGCCAUCUGCCAGCGUCUUCUUUAUUUUCUCACCUUCUACACAGUCCUUGCAUUGUUCUUUGUAGGAUAUCUCAACUGGUAUAUGUACUUCCAGGUGCCUCGUGACCAUCCAGCUCUCACUGGAAUGCAGUCCGCCUUGCAAAUGAAUCCCGGCCUAAGCCACAUUCCCAAUCCCGACCUCUUUUCGACUCUUCUCUACUUUCGCACCCGCGAACCUCUGCCCUACUACAAGAAGUCGGAUGAGAUGGCAGCCUUUCUGCACGCCUAUCAAGACAACACUGGCUCCACGGAAUAUGAAGACUGCGUUCAGGAGGGCGGUUACAAACAAAAUCCCGAACGUCCCUGCACCUACGACAUCAAUGCCGGUGGCCCCUGCAACAUCAUGAAUGGCUACGGGUUUGACACAGCUCAGGCCUGUUUCGUGCUAAAAAUGGGUCGAAUCUACGGUUGGUUGCCUGAUCCCAUCGACGAAUUCGCGACGGGAGUGUUGGUGAAGUGUUCCGGCGUAACUGAGGACGACACCUUCAAUUUGGGCAUCAUUCGGUACUACGACAUGGACUACAAAUUCUCGGCUAUCGCACCAGGCAAAAAUCCCGGCAAAUUGGACAAUGGGAGCUUUCACUCCAUGUACUUUCCCUACAGAGGCCAAUUGGCCUACCUCCAACCGCUGGUGUUUGUGCUGUUUGAUGGAGUGAAGCGUAACACUUUCAUUCGUGUGCGCUGCUGGCUCAUUGCAAAGAACAUUAAAGUGGAUUUCGAAAAACGUGAGGGCAGUACGGAGUUUGAAAUUAUUUAUGACUAA